AAAUAAAAGUAAGACGAGAGAGGCAAACCCUAUCAAGGAAAUUGAGAGUUCAUGAUAGAGAAAAUAUUAUUGGAGAACAUGACAGAGAAGCUCCUUUUGUUUUUUCUUUUAUUUAUUUGCUUGGCAAAAGCUAGUACCUCAACCCCAUCCCCGCCCUCCAACAUUCACAACCAAACUCAAAGUCCAAAACAUUUUGUAUUGAUACAUGGAGCUUGUCAUGGAGCAUGGAGCUGGUAUAAGGUGGCAACUCUCCUCAAGGACUCAGGUCACAAUGUCACAGCUCUAGACUUGGGAGCAUCCGGGAUCAACCCGAUUCAGGUACAGCAGCUCCCUUCGUUGUCGGAAUUCGUCGAGCCCUUAACAAAGUUCAUGGUGUCUCUACCACCAAAUGAAAAGGUUAUCCUUGUGGGUCACAGCAUGGGGGGCGCAGUCAUAUCUAUUAUCAUGGAGAGGUUCCCUCAUAAAAUUGUUGCUGCAGUAUAUGUCACGGCUUUUAUGUAUGGUCCAACUCUCAAUUUCUCAACUAUAUAUGCAGAGGUUACAAAAGGAUAUGAUGCUAUGGACUCUCAAUUCAGAUAUGAUAACGGAACCAACAACCCUGCAACCUCCUUUCUCGUUGGGCCUAAAGCCUUGGCGAUAAGCGUGUACCAGCUCUCACCACCACAGGAUUUAACUCUAGCACUAUCGUUGGUGAGAUAUUUUCCUUUAUAUAAUUAUGAUGUAAUAAAACUCACAAAGAAGAAGUAUGGAUCAGUUCCUAGAGUAUUCAUCGUGGCCAACCAAGACCGUACGCUAAUGUUGGAUGUGCAAAAUUACAUGAUCAAGAACAAUCCCCCAAAUGAAGUGAAAGUGAUAAACGGUUCUGAUCAUAUGGUCAUGUUCUCUAAACCAGUGGAGCUGUUCUGCCACCUCCAAAGUAUUGCUGAGAAGUAUUCAUAAAUAUAUGGACGGACAUGAUUAAUUCAGGCAUACUAACUAGCUAGCCUGCGUUGCAUGCACCAUAGUACAAAAUGUAAAUGAAUAAAUGAGAUUGUUUUAAUUACUAAUAAUUACGUGUCCAUGAACUUUGGUUCAAGAGGCAUGACGCACUACUAUAAACAUGGUCAUUUAGUUUAGCUUGGUUCAAAGUUAUGUUUUUUUUUUUUAAUAAAUGAUAUUAUUAAUAUUAAGGGAUGGUCACUUA